UGGACAGAAGAGCAUUUAAAUCACAGCAGACUGAUUUCCAGGCCAUAUCCAAGUGUCCACCAGAUGGACUCUCAAGGCGUUGUAAGGAGCAAAAACAAAAGCAACAAAUGUCAGAGGACUGCCUGUUUUAAAUGGAGUCAAGCCUGCUUGCUGGUAACCUUCUUGGUCCUGUGUGGUGCCACUCUGGUCCUGAACUACCUCACCGUAGGAUCAUGGUCAUUGAUUGUGAAGGUCAGAACCCUGCAGUGGAGGCAGGUGAUCAUGCCCCCCACCACUUUUAAGACCACCAUCCAUCGUGCACCCUGGAAGCCACUAAGGCCCUUUGAUGUUCUCUACCCCUAUAAGUACCACUUCAUCCUUGAUGAGCCUGAAAAGUGCAGGAGCCAGAGUCCUUUCCUGGUGCUUGUGGUACCAGUUGCACCGCGCAACCGGGCAGUUCGGGACACCAUCCGUAGGACCUGGGGUAACGAGAGCCUGGUGCCGGGGGUGACUAUCCGUCGACUCUUUCUGCUGGGACUAGAGGACCAGAAACGUGGCCUACAGAAAGAGCUGCACGCUGAGAGCAAAGAGCACCAUGACCUGCUGCAGGCCAACUUUUUGGACAGUUAUCUCAAUCUGACCAUCAAGACCAUGGUGAUGAUGGAGUGGCUGGUCACCCGCUGCCCCAAUGCCUCCUACGCUGCCAAGGUGGACACAGACAUGUUUCUCAAUGUAGAUUUUCUGGUUAACACACUGUUGGACCCCCACACUGUACAGCCCAAGCAGAACUACAUCACAGGUGCAGUCAUGCGUAAAGCGCGGGUGCGGCGGAAAAAGAGCAGCAAAUUUUAUGUGCCUAGGAGCGUGUACCGCCGGGACACGUAUCCCAGCUACGUCUUGGGGAAUGUUUACAUCUUCUCCAUGGAUCUUCCCGUAAAAAUCCUGAAGGCAUCUCGACAUGUGAGAGCCUUUCAUCUGGAGGAUGUGUACCUGGGCAUGUGCUUGAAGCACUUAGGGAUCCCGCCUACAUUCCCACCCCGGUCCAACCUCUUCUACUACCGGAGAAUCCCUUACAAUCGAUGCAGGUUUGUUCGCCUUAUUUCCACCACAAAACUUAACGCUGAUGAAAUUGACAGGUACUGGAGGGACUUCCAAAAGCCCCACACACACUGCUAGUGGGCGACUUUAGGGAAUGACUGGAAAACUUGCAUCUGUUCACAAACAGGAACCCAAAACACUUCUGAACAUUUGUUCAUGUAGUGUGGGUCUGGCAUUCAA